AUAAAAGCAGAGUAAAAGAAGAGAGGAUAAAAAAAAUUGAACAAGAUAAAAAUAAAUACAUAGAAAGAAAUGUACACACAUAAGGCAUCCGUGGGCUUCUUGAAUGCCUCCCGGGUCAGACUGUCCCCGGAACCUUCCCUCUGCUUCUUGCUCACCACGGACGUAUUUUGAUGGAGCACAGAGAGAGCGAGGAGAGGCGUCACGGCGGGAUGAUGUCAAUGUGAAAACUGUUAGUAGGAACUGCACAUUUAAUUUUAAAAAGAAGCGUUUUAACUUCACAGCGACUCUAAAACAUGUCGGCCACGUGAAUUUCUGCUGUUUUGUUGAAUAAAAUCCUCAGAAGGUAAAACGAGGGAGUUACCAUUUAAAAGAUGGAGUCCCCGGCUCCAAAUACUGAGGUUCGCCUCGCGGUGGCCCAGUGUUUCCGGACCCUCACGACAUCCACAGAUACCAAAGACAUUAUCGCCUCUCUUCAAACACUCCACUCUUACCUGGAUGAAGGACCAGAGAGUAAAACCACCUCAGUUGAGCGUGCCGAGUUCAGGAGAGCUCACUUCACCCGAACCCUUCAGCUGCUCAUCAGUAACGUCCAGGCCGACUGGCUGCUCAGCCUCACUGCAGCCCAGCGGACGGAGUUAUGGGACGGCUUGUUCCUCAAAGGCCCUCCAGAGCAGGCGCUGCUGGCGCUGAUGGAGGGAAUAGGAGAGCUGAGAGCCGGUCUAAAUCUGGACAGAUUGGUCAGCAUCACGGAGAGGUUCCUUCAGAGUGGUCGACUUGCUGACCUGCUGUGGUCCUACUGUCUGGAGACAGGUCCCUCUGACUCCCCCCAGCUCCGGGAGACUCUGCUGGGACGUAUUGUGGCGCUGCCUGACUUCACCGCCAACAGGUUACAUCUGAACAACAAGCCCCUUUUCCUUCCUCAGCAGUAUUACCCACUGCUGGCCACGGAGAUGCUCACUGCCCUGCAGCGGACCUGCCAAGCACUGAAAGAUGGCACAGACUGCUCGUUGACUUUCAUGGCUCAGACACUUGGGAAAGUGUGUAUCCAGGGCCACAGUGGUUUGGUGCUGGCAGUGCUGGCUCCUCGGCUGUCUGCCUGCACGCGCUCAGACAUGGUGUGGCAGAGAGUUUGCUGGAAGCUUCUGCAGAACGUCCCACAGCGAUGGAUGGAGAGCGUGCUCACUGGACUGGUGCAGGCUGUUAGCGGGCCUGAUGCGUUGGGCAGGAUCAUUGGGAAUCUAGUGUUGACUAAUAAAAAGGCCCAGUAUGUCAUCACUCAUAAACUACUGUUACUGCAGUACAAAUAUGAGACUCAAGUCUUGAGAACUGUCCUGGGUUACCUCGCAGCAGACCGGGAGCGGAGACCACUGCUCAUCCAGGUGUUGCGGUCUGUGUCUCAGGCCUGGGCCAACCCCAGUGCGGUGAAGCACACGCCUCUAGAGCAGCAGCUGUAUGUCAGCAAGGCCUUACUGCUGAGUGUGAGUCUGCUGACAGACUGUGAGCUGCAGGAGUUACGCUCAGACUUACUUCAGUGCAUGCUGGGCGGCAUGCAGAGCCACCUGGACAGCAGCGUGGUGCGUGUCAGGCGUAUGGGCAUGGUGGUGGGAGAGUGCCUGAGCACUCGCAUGGACAUCAAUAACACCAAGCUCACCUUUAAGUAUGAUCAGGACGAGGAAACUCAAGAGCUGCAUUCUCUGAUGACUCCAGUCACUGGUGACGAGCCAGAGGCCGAGCCUGUCAACGGAGUUGAUUCUCCUCCAAGGACCAGUGAAACGACUCAGUCUUCUCAGAAUGAAUCAUCUCAAAAUAAGUCAAAAACAGACCCAGGCUCAGACCUGGACAGCGACGACGAGCUCGCUCCGUACGACAUGUCUGCUGAUCAGGAAUUAAAUAAAGCAUCCCCACCCCGCUACAUACGGGACUGCCUGGAAACUUUAAUCUCCUCUGAGGACCCGGUGCGAGUGGAGCUCAGUCUGAGAGCAGCUGAGGGUUUGGUGAGGAAAAACAUCUUUGCAGCCAGAGAGAUCAGUGUCCAGCUGACCAAAGUGCUUCUUCACAUGGAGGAUAAAUACAACAUAAAUGGCUUCCAGAGUCUCAGACAGGCGAACAUGGUGGCGCUCACUGUCACCGACUGUAUACCUGUGACUCAGUAUUUAACCACAGAGUUUUACUCCUUGAACUACAGUCUUCGCCAGCGGCUCGAUAUCUUGGAGGUCCUUGCACUAGCAGCACAGGAGCUCUCUAAGCCAAUCACUGAAAAGAGAAAUCCAUCCGUGGAUAUUGUUGCCAGCACUGAUCUGACACCGUACCCUGGUGACAACCCCGUUCACUGGCGACAAGUAGUGGAGAAGCGGAUUCAAAGCAAGACAAAGCGCCUCAGUAAGGGUGCCACACAACCUCCAGCUAAAGCCACCGCUAACCGCUACGCCCCUGUUGCUGGACACUUCUUUUUUCCUCUGCUCAGCAAUUAUGAUAAGCCUCAGGUGACCUUUGACCUGCUGGGUAAUGACCAUCUUGUACUGGGCAGGUUGAUCCACACAUUGGGCCUCUUAAUGCAUCUAGCAGUCAAUGCACCGAUAGCUGCACAGAUGGGUAGGGCUUUACUCGACUUUGUGUGGGCGGUGCGUUACCAUGCUGACCAGAUGGUGAGACGAGGGGUCCUCUUCGCUGUUUGCUCUGUGUUUCUGAGCAUGCCCAGUCAAAACCUGCUGGUGGACCUCAGUGAUCAGCUGUUUGAGACCAGAACUUGGCUGGCAGAUGUUGCUGAAGGAGACCCUGAUGCAGAUUGCCGGAGUCUGGCCGUCCAGAGUCUGGUACUGCUGGAUAAGAGCCUGAAGAAACAGCUACAAGAUCAACAAGCACUGAGCACAGAGUCGUGAGCACAGCGUCAACUAUGAACAAUGAAACACUGAAUGUGUCUCUGAUGAGGGGCGGGCUUUACUGUACCUCCGUGUCGUCCUCGCUGAGCCUGGAGGAUUGAGGUCGAUGGAAGUGAUGUUCCGGAUAUUUUCUGACAUAUUUUCAUAUCCUGGAACACACAAGCCAAGCAGCGGAAAGGAGGGCACAUGUCUUCUCACACGUUUGUCAAUGUCUUUCUGCAUUCCUACAUAAUGCAUAAACACAUUUCAAUACACUGUGUUGUUUAGGUAUGUAUAUUUUAUGAAUCAGAUAAAAUAUUGAUUGAAUGGAGAAUAGGAGGCUAUUUUUGUCCACCAAUAAAUUGUAAGUUUUGAGGAUAUCCUUCUUAACCUGAACUGACA